AUGCAAGUCGCCAGUGUAAUGCGGUCUACGAGAUCCGCACGCUCCUUCAGAGGAGCGUUGCGCCCCGUUGCAGUCCCCGUGGGCCUUCAGCAAACAAGGACAAAAGCUACCUCGCCUUUCAGACUGCCAGACCCUAGAAACGAGCCUAACCCCACAUAUGAGAAGGGCUCUCCAGAGCGCGCAAAGCUGGAGGAGGCGUUGAAGAAGCUCAAAGCAAACCUCCCAGCACGAAGCGACCUUUUCUACAACGGCCAGGUCCAGGCUGCUUCCAAGUCUUUCGAUACCGUGAUUCCUUCAGAGCACGGCAAAACCUUCUCGAACUUCCCUCUCGCAUCAAAGGAACAGGUUGCUGCCGCGAUUGAGUCGGCGCUCGAGGCGAAGAAGAGCUGGGAAAACACUCCAUUUGUUGAUAGGGCAGCCAUUUUCCUCAAGGCGGCCGAGCUUGCGGCGACGAAAUACCGACAUGAGCUUAUUGCUGCGACCAUGCUGGGUCAGGGAAAGAACAUGUGGCAGGGCGAGAUCGACGCGGCCGCUGAGCUUGCUGAUUUCUUCAGACUUAACUGCAACUUUGCUGCUGAGAUCCUUGAGAAGCAGCCUGAACGCGGUUCUGAUGGCAUGUGGAGUCGCCUGGAAUGGCGUCCUCUUGAGGGCUUUGUCUACGCCGUUUCUCCCUUCAACUUCACUGCGAUUGGUGGUAACCUGAUUUCUGGACCUGCUCUGAUGGGCAACGUUGUUCUCUGGAAGCCUUCGCCUAGCAACAUCUACGCCAGCCAGCUUGUCUACAACAUCUUGAUCGAGGCUGGCCUGCCCCCGAAUGUAAUUCAGUUCGUUCCCGGCGACGCAGAGGAGGUGACGGACGUCGUUCUCAACCACCGCGAGUUUGCUGGCCUGAACUUUGUUGGUUCUUCUGACGUUUUCCGUUCCCUGUACGCAAGAAUUGGAGAGGGCAUCGGCAAGAGAACCUACCGCGAUUUCCCUCGCAUCGUCGGCGAGACGAGCGGAAAGAACUUCCACUUGAUCCACCCCUCAGCCGACAUCGACAGCGCUGCUCUCCACACCCUGCGUGGCGCUUUCGAGUACCAGGGCCAGAAGUGCUCUGCCACGUCUCGCGUCUACGUUCCCCAAUCCAGAGCAGAUGAGUUCCUGUCCAAGUUGACGGAGAACGUCAAGAAGAUCACCAUCGGAAGCCCAGAUGGCAAGCUGGACGCCUUCAUGGGUCCCGUCAUUCACGAGCGUUCGUUCGAGAAGAUCAAGGGAAUUAUUGACGAGAGCAACAAGGACCCGUCCUUGAAGUUGCUUGUCGGUGGAACAUACGACGGUUCUAACGGAUACUAUGUCAACCCUACUAUCUACCUGGCCGAUUCUCCCGAACACCGCCUGUUCAACGAGGAGAUCUUUGGUCCCGUCCUCGCUGUCAACGUCUACCCUGACAGUGAAUGGUCUUCUACGUUGAAGAAGGUUGACCAAGGAGGAGGUGGCUUCGCCCUGACUGGAGCCGUAUUCGCUAAGGACCGCGUCGCCAUUCGUGAGGCCGAGGAUGCUCUGCGAUACUCCGCAGGCAACUUCUAUAUCAACUGCAAGACGACUGCUGCCUUGAUCGGACAGCAAUCCUUUGGUGGAGCCCGUGCCAGUGGAACCAACGACAAGGCCGGCAGCGCUGACGUCAUGAGGCGGUUCACGAGCCCCCGUUUGAUCAAGGAGGAAUACUUCCCCCUGACGGAAUUCCUUUACCCAAGCAACAAGUGA